AUCUGGACACUCCCUCCUAGCGUGCAAAAGGGGAGCGAGGAGGUGAAUACAGAACGUUCAGAGAGAUUGAUGCAGGCAUUGUAACUGUUAGAAAUCUAAGGCUAAACAAGAGGAACUCCUAAUCUAUCGCAAACUCUUCUUCACUGGUUCGACGUAGUCACUUAACCGCUCAGUAUAUUUCUCAGCACGAAGAUCUUCGGAUACACCGGGUCUGAAUAUUCUCUACGACACCAGCAUGUUUUAUUUUCAUUGUCCUCCACAACUGGAAGGGGAAUGCUGUAGAACCAACACAUUGAACACAAACGGCUUCGGCAAUCAUGCCUCUGGAGAGUUUGAUGAUGGUUUUCUUAGGAGGAAACAGCGCAGAAACAGAACAACAUUCACUUUACAACAGUUAGAAGCAUUGGAAGCAGUUUUUGCACAAACCCACUAUCCAGAUGUGUUUACAAGAGAAGAACUAGCUAUGAAAAUCAACCUAACAGAGGCCCGCGUUCAGGUGUGGUUUCAGAACCGUAGAGCAAAGUGGAGAAAAACGGAGCGAAGCAGUUCCGAUCAGGAGGGCAGUAAGGAGCAGAUGAGUGAUGGGAGUCCUCCUGCAAGAAACCUUAACCAGUCCCCCGUGGACCAAAACAGAAACAAAAAAGAACCCGUGGAAACCCAGCAGACUAUUCACCGAACAAUCGGUCCUGGAGGGCCUCUUUUCCCGUCCUGUUUGCCUGGGACCCUUCUGAACACUGCAACAUAUGCCCAAGCCUUGUCACAAGUGGCAACUUUAAAAGGAAGCCCUCUCUGUUCUUGCUGUGUGCCAGACCCUAUGGGCCUGUCCUUCCUGCCCCCCUAUGGGUGCCAGAGUAACCGGACUGCCAGUGUGGCGGCUCUGCGUAUGAAGGCCAGGGAACACUCUGAAGCUUUGCUGCAGUCUGCCAACCUGCUUGGAGCAGGACCAGGAGCAGGGGCCGGAUCUGCAGUCGGCCUGGGUCAGAGUACCAACGCAAUUGGAAGUGGAGACUCCAGUCCUAGCUCUGGCUCCUCAAAGCUCCCAACCCAGGGGACUACCCCUGACAAGCAAGUGCAUUGCCCAAAGGAGUGCCCGGAUAAGAAAUAAGGGAAUAUAUUUGUCCAGAAAGCACAUUUUGUCUGGAUUUACAAUCUAAUAAUGAAUGCCUGCUGCCCAGUUCCUCACAUGCACUGAUGUACAACAGAGGGCAAGGUGUUCACUGUAUUUUAUUAUUGUAUAAUUUGAGUGUGUUUGCAUUAAACUAUUUAUUCAAUUGUAAUUUAUCAUGGUUACAUUUUGCUCAUUAUUAUGACCAAUAAGUUGCCCAUUUCGUUUUGGCACUAUAAUUGGUUUUGAUGGUUGUCAGACUUUGAAUGCACUGUAUGGGUGAAGACAUUACCCUGGCUGCCAAUGUGAAUUCUUAUCGUUUCUAAACCACUUUGAUGUAGGGCUUAUACUGCCUUGUAUACUGUAAGAUCAGGUGAUGUUAGAAAUUGCAUUGUGUCAAAAACAAUUUCUUAAUGUAAAAAUAUACCCUGCACUAAUAUAAAUGACCUAAUGUGAAAUUAUAUGCAAUUAUAUGUAUUGCCAUUGUGUUGUCUUGACUUAUCUCAGCAUAUGAUCUGGAAAAGCAAUUUAGCCUAAUAAUACAC